AUGUUACAAGACUCACGCAUGGUAUCCUGGCUGUCCCAAGGGUGCUAAAUAUAUUGUUAUUUACCGUGAACCAUGUGCUGCUUUCUACAGUUACUUUAACUUCCAUAAGGGUUGGGCGUUCCAACCUGAAGAACUCUCGCUUCAUGAAUACGUAAAGGAUUUUCUACUUGCUAAGGAUGUACCAAAAGGCAAGGAAUUUGCAUCCUAUUUUGUGCACUUACUCAGCUGGUGGGAACACAGGAAUGACUCGAAUGUUUUAUUUCUGUUCUUUGAGGAUAUGAAAGAUGAUUUAGAAAGUGUAGUUAGGAUGGUUGCAGCAGUCGUAGGAAUUCAGGAUGAAAAAAGGAUUAAGAAGGCUGUGGAAAUGAGUUCCUUUGAAUUUAUGAAGAAAAAUGAGGAGAAGUUUUCAGACGCACCGCCAGCCCUACGUUUUGCGAAUAAAGCUAGCGCUCAUGAGGAAGAUUCUGAUGUACGUUCGCCGCAGGUAAUGUUGCACAGCAAGGUUGCUACAGGAUCUGCAACGAAAGGACGAGAGUUGAUGGAUGACAAAACUAAAGAAAUUAUUCAGGCAAAGUGGCUGGAAGUCGUUGGUAAACAAACUGGAUUUCAGGAUUACAAUGACUUGAGAAGUGCAUUCAAAAAGGAACAGAUGAAUAAAAAUUAA